GCCCCCUGAUCUCUUUGUGUGUGUGUGCGCGCGCGCGGGGUGUGUGGUAGUGUGCGAGGGAGAGAAAGAGGAGACGGCGUCGUGCGCACACGCUGCCACAAAAACACGGAAAUAUAUUUAAAUUGUAUGUAUACCGUUAGCUUAAACAGAAACAGCUUCCAAGUAUUGAUUGAUAGACAAAGUGAGCCUGGAGUUACUGUUUUUGUUUUUUGUUUUUGUUUGGGUCUUUUUUUUUUUAGGGGGGGUGAAUCUCAAGUUACUGGGUCAGAACUCUGGAUUACCCCACAAACAAAUAACUUUAUUUAGUUAGCUAAACUGUUAGCUAACUAAAUAGAAAGUUUUUCUGCUGUCCGCUAUGUCUGGAAGCGAGGAUGACAGAGACGAUUACGGAGCCGCGGAUGACCGGUUGAUGCACGACGAUGAGGAAGAGGAGCUCUCGGAGACCGAGACUCCGAAGGUGAAGAAGAAGAAGAAGGCCAAGAAGAGCAAAGAGAGCAAGGGCAGCAAGAGGCGGUCACGCAGAGAGGAGCUUCCCAUCAGCUCCCCGGAGCCCAUGGACAUGGGCGCGGUGGAGGAGGCGGAGGACAGCGUCCCCGUCCAGCGCUCCGACAGCGAGGGCAGCGACUACACUCCUGGACGCAAAAAGAAGAAGAGGGGGAGCAGCGGCAAAGAGAAGAAGAGGAGCAGCACCGGCGCCGAAAGGAGCACCUCCAGGAAGAAGGAACCAGAGCCCGAGGAAGACGAGGACGACGAUGAUGACGAUGGCUCGGAGCCCAAGUCGUCGUCCCAGCUGCUGGAUGACUGGGGCAUGGAGGAUAUCGACCACGUCUUCACCGAGGAAGACUACCGCUCCCUGACCAACUACAAGGCUUUCAGCCAGUUUGUCAGGCCCCUCAUCGCAGCCAAGAACCCCAAGAUCGCCGUGUCCAAGAUGAUGAUGGUUCUGGGCGCCAAGUGGCGCGAGUUCAGCACCAACAACCCCCUGAGAGGAGCCGCUGCUGCCAACGCAGCGCUGGCAACCGCAAACGUACCGGCCGCCGUCGACAACAUGGUGGCGGAGGUCGCCCCUGCCGCUGCAGCGCCGCUGCCCCCCGCAGAGCCUCAGCAGCCCCCUGCGCCGCCGCUACGCAAGGCCAAGACAAAGGAAGGCAAAGGUCCCAACGCCCGCAAGAAGUCAAAGACCACACCUAAACCACAAGAGAAGAAGAACAACGCCAAGACUAAGAAAGUGGCUCCUCUUAAAAUCAAACUGGGAGGCUUCAACAGCAAGCGGAAACGUUCAUCGAGUGAGGAGGAUGAGCCUGAUGUGGACAGUGAUUUCGAGGAUGGCAGCAUGAACAGCGUCUCGGUCUCGGAGGGAUCCAACAGCCGCAGCAGCCGCAGCAAAAAGAAGCCGUCCAAGAGCAAACCCAAGAAGAAGAAAGAAGCAGAGGACGGGGACGGCUAUGAGACGGACCACCAGGACUACUGUGAGGUCUGUCAGCAGGGUGGAGAGAUCAUCCUGUGUGACACCUGUCCCAGAGCGUACCACAUGGUCUGCCUGGACCCCGACAUGGAGAAGGCCCCCGAGGGCACCUGGAGCUGCCCGCACUGUGAGAAGGAGGGCAUCCAGUGGGAAGCCAGGGAGGAGGGCUCAGAUGCCGAGGAAGACAACGGCGACACCGGAGAGAUGGAGGAGGACGACCACCACAUGGAGUUCUGCAGGGUGUGUAAAGAUGGAGGAGAGCUCCUCUGCUGUGACAAGUGCCCCUCGUCGUACCACAUCCACUGCCUCAACCCGCCGCUCCCAGAGAUCCCCAACGGAGAGUGGAUCUGCCCCCGCUGCACGUGUCCACCCAUGAAGGGGAAGGUCCAGAAGAUCCUGACGUGGCGGUGGGGCGAUGCUCCUUCCCCCACACCUGUCCCUCGCCCUCCAGACCUUGCAGCCGACGCCCCCGAUCCCGCCCCGCUGGCAGGGCGGCCGGAGAGGGAGUUCUUCGUCAAGUGGUCCAACAUGUCGUACUGGCACUGCUCCUGGGUCACAGAGCUCCAGCUGGAGCUCCACUGUCAGGUGAUGUUCAGAAACUACCAGAGGAAGAACGACAUGGACGACCCGCCGCCCAUCGACUUCGGCGAGGGAGAGGAGGACAAGAGCGUCAAGAGGAAGAACAAGGACCCCAUGUACGCACAGCUGGAGGAGCAAUACCUCCGCUUUGGAAUCAAGUUGGAGUGGCUGAUGAUCCACCGCAUCCUCAACCACAGUGUGGACAGGAAGAACAACGUGCACUACCUGAUCAAGUGGAGAGAGCUGCAGUACGACCAGGCCACCUGGGAGUCCGAGGACAUGGACUUUCAGGAGUUUGACGUCUUCAAGGUGCAGUACUGGAACCACAGAGAGCUGAUGAUGGGAGAGGAAGGGAAACCAGGGAAGAAGAUCAAGGUGAAAGGAAGAGUGAAGCGGCCUGACAGGCCUCCUGAGAACCCCGUGGUGGAUCCGACGAUAAAGUUCGAGCGUCAGCCGGAGUACCUGGACAGCACAGGUGGGACGCUGCAUCCCUACCAGCUGGAGGGUCUCAACUGGCUGCGCUUCUCCUGGGCUCAAGGCACCGACACCAUCCUGGCCGACGAGAUGGGUUUGGGAAAGACGGUGCAGACGGCCGUCUUCCUGUACUCGCUGUAUAAAGAGGGACACUCCAAGGGGCCGUUCUUGGUCAGCGCCCCACUUUCCACCAUCAUCAACUGGGAGAGAGAGUUUGAGAUGUGGGCGCCCGACAUGUACGUGGUGACGUACGUCGGAGACAAAGACAGCAGAGCCGUCAUCAGGGAGAACGAGUUCUCCUUCGAGGACAACGCCAUCCGAGGAGGGAAGAAAGCGUCCAGGAUGAAGAAAGAUUCGUCGAUCAAGUUCCACGUCCUGCUGACCUCCUACGAGCUGAUCACCAUCGACAUGGCGAUCCUGGGCUCCAUAGACUGGGCCUGCCUGGUGGUGGACGAGGCCCACAGACUGAAGAACAACCAGUCGAAGUUUUUCCGGGUGCUGAACAACUACCCUCUGCAGCACAAACUGCUGCUGACUGGAACUCCUCUGCAGAACAACCUGGAGGAGCUUUUCCACCUGCUCAACUUCCUCACACCUGAGAGGUUCAGUAAACUGGAGAUCUUCCUGGAGGAGUUCGCCGACAUCGCGAAGGAGGACCAGAUCAAGAAGCUGCACGACAUGCUGGGUCCUCACAUGCUCAGGAGGCUGAAGGCCGACGUCUUCAAACACAUGCCCUCCAAGACCGAGCUCAUCGUCAGAGUGGAGCUCAGCCCCAUGCAGAAGAAGUACUACAAAUUUAUCCUGACGAAAAACUUUGAGGCUCUGAACACGAAAGGAGGAGGAAACCAGGUGUCUCUGCUCAACGUCGUCAUGGACCUCAAGAAAUGCUGCAACCACCCCUACCUCUUCCCCGCGGCUGCUAUUGAAGCUCCAAAGAUGCCCAACGGGAUGUACGACGGCAGCGCUCUCACAAAGGCUGCUGGGAAACUGCUGUUGCUGCAGAAGAUGAUGAGGAAGCUGAAGGAGGGAGGACACAGAGUGCUCGUCUUCUCUCAGAUGACGAAGAUGUUGGACUUGCUCGAGGACUUCCUGGAGAACGAGGGCUACAAAUACGAGAGGAUUGACGGAGGCAUCACAGGAGGGAUGAGACAGGAAGCUAUCGAUCGCUUCAACGCUCCUGGUGCUCAGCAGUUUGCUUUCCUGCUGUCGACGAGGGCCGGAGGUCUGGGUAUCAACCUGGCCACCGCCGACACCGUCAUCAUCUACGACUCUGACUGGAAUCCCCACAACGACAUCCAGGCCUUCAGCAGAGCUCAUCGUAUCGGCCAGAACAAGAAGGUGAUGAUCUACCGCUUCGUCACCAAGGCCUCAGUGGAGGAGAGGAUUACUCAGGUUGCCAAGAAAAAGAUGAUGCUGACUCACCUGGUGGUCCGACCCGGUCUCGGAUCCAAGACGGGCUCCAUGUCCAAACAAGAACUGGAUGACAUCCUCAAGUUUGGAACGGAGCAGCUCUUCAAGGACGAGGCGAUGGAGCGUGAGAACAAGGAGGAGGACAGCAGCAUCAUUCACUACGACGACAAGGCCAUCGACCGUCUGCUGGACAGGAACCAGGACGCCACGGACGACACGGAGCUGCAGAGCAUGAACGAGUACCUGAGCUCCUUCAAGGUGGCGCAGUAUGUGGUCAAAGACGAGGAGGAGGAGGAGGAGGAGGUGCAGCGGGAGAUCAUCAAGCAGGAGGAGAGCGUGGAUCCGGACUACUGGGAGAAGCUGCUGCGUCACCACUACGAGCAGCAGCAGGAGGAUCUCGCUCGCAACCUUGGCAAAGGCAAACGUAUCCGAAAGCAGGUCAAUUACAACGACGGCUCUCAAGAAGACAGAGGUACGAGGAGAGCUGAUUGGCAGGACGACCAGUCCGAUGGCCAGUCAGAUUACUCCGUGGCGUCUGAGGAGGGAGACGAGGACUUUGAUGAGCGAACAGAAGCCAACUCUCGCAGGCCGAACAGGAAGGGCCUGAGGAACGACAAAGACAAACCGCUGCCCCCCCUGCUGGCCAGGGUGGGAGGCAACAUCGAGGUGUUGGGUUUCAACUCUCGGCAGAGGAAGGCCUUCCUGAACGCAGUGAUGCGUUAUGGGAUGCCUCCCCAGGAUGCCUUCACCACCCAGUGGCUGGUCCGAGACCUGCGAGGGAAAUCUGAGAAAGAGUUCAAGGCCUACGUCUCUCUGUUCAUGCGUCACCUCUGUGAGCCCGGAGCCGACGGAGCCGAGACCUUCGCAGACGGCGUCCCCAGAGAAGGGUUGUCACGGCAACACGUCCUCACCCGUAUCGGCGUCAUGUCGCUCAUCCGCAAGAAGGUCCAGGAGUUCGAGCACGUGAACGGUCAGUGGUCGAUGCCGUGGAUGGCCGAGCUGGAGGAGAGCAAGAAGGCCGCCGCUCAGCCGGACUCCCCCGGAAAAACCCCGUCCACCGGCACCCCCGCCGACACACAGCCCAACACACCCGCUCCAGUUGACGACCCAACAAAGACUGAAGAGGCAGAGAAGGAGGUGAAGAAGGAGAGCGAGCCGGAGAAGAACGGCAAAGAGCCGGCGAAGACCAGCAACGAGGUGAUCGCCAUCCCAGACGACGACGAGAAAAGUCCAGCGGCGGAGCAGGAAGCCAAGAAGAACGGAGAGGAGCCGAUGGAGACGGACAAACCAAGCAACGGAGAAACGGAGAGCGUUAAAGAGAAGGAGGGGGAGAAGGAGGAGAAAGAGGAGGCAGAGGGCGAGAAGAAGAGCCCAGAGGGAGGAGAGGAGACCAAGUCGCCUUCGGAGGCCAAGACGGAGGGGUCAGAGGUCAAACCUGAAGACUCUGAAGUCAAAGCAGAAGAAAAGAAAGAAGAAAAGACAGAAAAGAUGGACACCACGCCUCCUGCUGACGAUAAGAAAGAUCUGAAGGAGGAGAAGGAGGCGCCGAAGACGGAGGAGGCGACCAAACUGCAGAACGGAGACAGCAGCAAAGAGAGCGGAGCGUCGGCCGCCGCCGCCACACCUCCUGCUGCCGCCGCCGGAGCUGCCAGCGAGGAGAAGAAGAAGGCAAAGACCAGAUUCAUGUUCAACAUCGCUGACGGAGGAUUCACAGAGCUUCACUCCUUGUGGCAGAACGAGGAGCGCGCCGCCACCGUCACCAAGAAGACCAAUGAGAUCUGGCACCGUCGCCAUGACUACUGGCUGCUGGCCGGCAUCAUACAACACGGUUACGCUCGCUGGCAGGACAUCCAGAACGACGUCAAGUUCGCCAUCCUCAACGAGCCUUUCAAAGGAGAGAUCAACCGAGGGAACUUCCUGGAGAUCAAGAACAAGUUCCUCGCCAGGAGGUUCAAGCUGUUGGAGCAGGCGCUUGUGAUCGAGGAGCAGCUGCGUCGCGCCGCCUACCUCAACAUGUCGGAGGACCCCUCCCACCCCUCCAUGGCCCUGAACACCCGCUUCAGCGAGGUGGAGUGUCUGGCCGAGUCCCACCAGCACCUCAGCAAGGAGUCCAUGUCCGGGAACAAACCGGCCAACGCCGUCCUGCACAAAGUGUUGAAGCAGUUGGAGGAGCUGCUGAGCGACAUGAAGGCGGACGUCACCCGCCUCCCGGCAACCAUCGCCCGGAUACCGCCGGUUGCCGUGCGACUCCAGAUGUCUGAGAGGAACAUCCUGAGCCGGCUGGCGAGCCGAGGACCCGAGACACAGACACAGGCACAGACACAACAGAUGUCGCAGCAGUAGACUGAAACUCUGCUCUUUACCUCGAAAACCACCCCCUGCCUCACCUCGACAUUCCUGAUUGGUGCACAGCAGAAAUAACGGACAGCGCGCUCCAGCUUGAAGCCACGCCCACUUCACUUUUUCUCCCCCUUAAACAGACUUUACAGAGUUUUUCUGGAGGAUCGAAUCCUUUACCCCCCGAUAACCCAAGUUUGAGGCUGUGGACAGAAAAGCUAUUUUAUUUUAUUUUUUUUUUUCCUCCUUUUUUUCAAUUUCUGUAUUAAUAUUAUUGAUAUAAUGUUAUUAUGAUGGUUUUUUGGGACCUAAAUAAAAAAAUGUAAUAAAGCA